GCCCACUUAUGCCACGUCACCACAAAAUUAGACGAGCAGUCGAACACAGCUCCCUUAUCUCCCUUCCCUCGCACGCGCUCCCCACGCCCAUGGCGAUGGAAGCCGCUCGCCUCUCCCCGUCCCUCGCCGCCGCCGCCUUCUUCGCCCGCCGCCGUCCUACCAACUCCCCCCUCCUCUGCCGCCGUAUUCCCCUCCUCCGUCCCCUGGCCUCCGCCUCUGCUUCGGGCGGGGACGGCCGUGCCGUCGCCCUCUCCUCGUCUGAGCUCCGCAAGCGCCGGGGUCUCUCCUCCUCCGGGGCUGCCGAAUCCGCGUCCGGCGGGGACGAGAAGCUCCGCGCGCUGCGGAGCCUGUUCGCGCUCCCCGACGUCUCCAUUGACGCAUACAUCGUCCCCUCCCAGGACGCGCACCAGAGCGAGUUCAUUGCAGAAUGCUUCAUGAGACGUGCCUUCCUGACUGGGUUCACUGGCAGUGCUGGUACAGCUGUGGUCACAAAAAUUAACGCUGCUCUCUGGACUGAUGGCCGGUACUUUCUUCAGGCUGAGAAAGAAUUAAGCCAUGAAUGGACACUUAUGCGUAGUGGAAAUCAUGGUGUUCCAACUACUAGUGAGUGGUUGAAUGAUGUUUUACCAUCUGGUUGCCGAGUUGGUAUUGAUCCGUUUCUUUUCUCAUUUGAUGCUGCUGAAGAAUUGAAAGAUGCAAUUUCCAGUAAGAAUCAUGAGUUGGUUUUGGUUCGGGGCAUGAACCUAGUUGAUGAGGUAUGGGGAAAUGCCAGGCCAAAGCCACCGAAAGCACCAACUAGGGUGCAUGACAUCAAAUAUGCUGGUAUUGAUGUGCCAUCAAAAUUGUCUUUUGUUAGAUCACACCUUACUGAAAAUGGGUGUGAUGCUGUGGUUAUUUCAAUGCUUGAUGAAGUUGCUUGGUUGUUGAACAUGAGAGGAAGUGAUGUCCCACAUUCACCUGUAUUUUAUAGCUACCUAACUGUGGAGGUUAGCACUGCUACAUUAUUUGUGGAUAGCAGCAAAGUAUCUGAAGAUGUUUUGGAGCACCUCCAGAAAGCUGGAGUAAAACUUAAACCAUAUGAAGCUAUUGUAUCAGAAGUAGAAAGACUGGCAGAGAAAGGAGCAAAGCUCUGGUUGGAUUCUUCAAGUGUGAAUGCAGCCAUAGUUAGUGCUUUUAGAUCAAGUUGCGAUAGAUACAUGAACAAGAAAGGAAAAGCGGGAAGAAAAAUUGAAAGGAAAGAAGCAUCUUCAGAUGAUCUUACAACAAGAGGCGCUGGUGUUCAGAAUGGAGCGCUACAUGCUGUAUACAAAGUUUCACCAGUCACGCUUGCCAAGUCAGUUAAAAAUGAGGCAGAAAUUGAGGGAAUGAAGAAUUCACACCUAAGAGAUGCUGCUGCUUUAGCAGAAUUCUGGUGCUGGCUAGAGGAGGAAGUCUGUAAAAGUGUGCUCCUUACAGAAGUACAAGUUGCUGAAAAGCUUCUUGAAUUUCGCCAAAAGCAAGAUGGUUUUAUAGAGACAAGCUUCGAUACUAUAAGUGGUUAUGGUACAAAUGGUGCUAUAAUUCACUACAGACCAACCCCGGAGAGCUGCAGCUCUGUUGGAAGUGACAACCUUUUCUUGUUAGAUAGUGGUGCUCAAUACAUCGAUGGAACUACUGACAUAACAAGGACAGUACAUUUUGGUGAGCCUUCCCCAAGGCAAAAGGAGUGCUUCACAAGAGUUUUGCAGGGCCAUAUAGCUCUCGAUCAGGCAGUAUUCCCUGAGAGAACUCCUGGCUUUGUGCUAGAUGUUCUGGCACGCUCAUCUCUAUGGAAGAUUGGACUGGAUUACAGACAUGGCACAGGUCAUGGAGUUGGAGCUGCACUAAAUGUCCACGAGGGCCCUCAGAGCAUAAGCUAUCGAUACGGAAAUUUGACAGCUUUACAGAAGGGCAUGAUUGUCAGCAACGAACCUGGUUACUAUGAAGACAAUUCAUUUGGCAUUCGUAUAGAGAAUUUACUUCUGGUAAAGGAGGUUAAUCUGGCAAAUUCUUUUGGUGGUAUUUCAUACCUUGGUUUUGAGAAACUAACCUUUGUCCCGAUUCAGAGCAAUCUUAUUGACUCCUCCUUGCUGUCACCUUCGGAGAUCAAUUGGGUCAAUGAUUACCACCAGCAAGUCUGGGAAAAGGUUUCCCCUUUGUUGAGUGGCCGUUCUCGUGACUGGCUAUGGAAGAACACUAGGCCUCUUUUUGAUAAUUCUCCAUGAUACUUCCAUGCCUUUGAUAUAUCAGUGAGAUACACAGCACAGAGUGACGGCAGCAGCAACUGAAGGUGAGAAGUAUAGAAAUUGCGACUGAAAAAUGUUUUGAAGAAUUGAUACCAUGUUAAGAAAUGCAUCUACAAAAAAGACUGCAUGGCAAUAAACAGUGGCAAUAGAUGAUUCGAUGGUGCCACGGCCAGGGGAUGAUUGGUUGAAGCUGGUUUAUUUGGCAUCCACCUGAUUUGGCGCAACACUGGUGAAAUGAUUCGCGGACAUGUCCUUUUUCAUUGGUUGAACGAUUUGUCAACAGGCCUCUGAGAUGGUCACCGUUAAGUUAUAUGUUAAUUUUCUGCAGUUUACAUUACAGUUUCUUUACAACAUUGCUCGUUCUUGGAGUGAUUUUUCAAAUUCAUUAUAUUUUCUUUUCUUUUUUUGAAA